GCAUGCGUGAGCCAUAAUACAUAAUUUAUGAUUGAAAAAAUAUAAAAAAAAAAAAAAUCCAAUGACUAUACGCACCCCUAUAUUCACAUAUAUUAUUGUUAUAGGACAAGCACCGUUUUACGUUGAACAAUACCUGUAUAUCAUCAAUCUAUCAUAAUAUACUUAUAUAAAGAUAUUCGCUUUGUCGUCUCUAUAAUAAUAAUAAUAAUAAUAAUAAUAUAGUGUGUACUAGAGCCAUUGCGUAUAAUAAAUAUUUAAUAAACACCGAAUGAUAUAUAAUAUAAUAUAUGUUUGCGAUGACGAUAGAAUUCAUACCUAUGUAUAAUAUCCGCAUCAUCCGCUGCGAGAGCUGAAGAUGAUAGUACAGCCGCAAGCGCGUCCUGCUCGUAUAUAUAUAAUAAUAUAAUCUAAUCAUCCUCGUCCGUAUAAUAUAUAUAUUUGUGUAAUAUAUCAAUAUAAUCGUUUUCAAAAUAUCGAACGUAUACCUAUAUAUAUAUAUAUAUAUGCCGUAGAUUCAUCAUUUAUAUGUAUUAGGUAUAAUAUAACAAUUAUAAUAUACUACGCGGUGAAGGAUCAUCUAUAAAUCCGCAAUCUCGCGUAUCGAACUCUCGGCCGUUCAAAAAAAUGUCAUCUUCGUCCCUAUCCACAGAGUAUCCACAUCGUUUCGACUCGUAAUCACUAUACUUACAAAUAAAUGCACCUUAUCAUGCAUGUAUUUAAUAAUACUGUUGCAAUACAAUUCAAAACAUUAUCUACACUCUACUUCGAGAAAGUUGAACUUGCACAUCUCCGGUAAAUUUUGAAAAUUUUCGGUUUAUCUAUGAGGUUGCAGUAUAAUUUAUAUUUAUAUUUAAUACGUUUAUAUACAGUAGUGCAGUGUAUUGGGGUUUGAUAGCUAAUACUAAAUAGUAAUUACUAAUUAGUAUAUUUAAAAUUAAUAGUUUAUGUGUUAGUGCCGGUUUUUUGAAACAGUCUUUCGGAACCGUGAAUUUACUUUCCAGUUAUUUAAAAAUAAAACAAUUUUUAUAUUUAAAUAUGUCGAAACGCAAAUUAAAAAUCUUAACGAUCGCCGAAAAAGUCAACGUUAUUAAUAUGGUUGAACAGGGUGGGAAAAAAAAUUAUGAAGUAGCAAACGCAUUUGGCAUACCGAGUUCUACGUUAUCAACUAUUUUAAAAAAUAAAACAAAAAUUAUAUCAAAUUUUAAAUUACAACCAAGUCGGAAGAAAAUUAAACUAGCUGAGUUUCCGAACCUGGAUUCUAGUUUAUUCAAGUGGUAUAUUCAGUGUAAGGAUAGUAAUUUACCCAUAAGUGGACCUAUAUUAAAAGAAAAGGCUAACAUAUUUGCAAAGUCACUAGGGUAUACGAAUUUCAAAAAUAGCACUGGUUGGCUAGAUAAAUGGAAAAAACGAAACAAUAUUACUUUACGAAAACCUUGCAGUUUAAAUAUGUCUGCCAGUAAAGAUCAACUCAGUAUUCAAUGGAAAGAUGAUAUUUUAACUAUCAUAAACGAAUAUUCACCUAACGAAAUUUUCACUGCAGACGAAACAGGACUUUUUUAUAAAUGUUUACCUGCAGAUAGUACUCAACAAUUAUCUUAUAGCGGAGUCGAUUGCCGUGAUGGUAAGCGAAGUAAAGAACGUGUUACGGUACUUUUGUGUACAAAUAUGAGUGGUACCGAAAAAGUCAAACCAUUACUAAUCGGAAAGUCUAUUAAACCAAAAUGUUUCAAAGGAAUUAAAUCAUUGCCAGUAGACUACGAAUCAAACCCAAAAUCAUGGAUGACGGCUUUAUUGUGGAAUAAAUGGCUUAAACAAUUUGAUGAAAAGUUGUUCAUGGAAAAUCGUAAGAUUAUAUUAUUGAUUGAUAACUGUACUGCUCAUGUCACUGUCUCAAAUUUAAAAGCGAUUACUAUCAAGUUUUUACCAACGGACAGGACUUCAAAAUUUCAACCACUUGAUCACGGUAUAAUCCAAAACUUCAAAGGUUUUUAUAGAAAAGAAGUGAUACAUAAGAUAACCUCACAUAAUGAACUUCAAAACACUAUUUCAAUUGAUUUGUUACAAGCUAUACGAAUAACCGACAAAUCAUGGAGACAAGUUACAUCAGAAAUGAUAUCAAAUAGUUUCAGAAAAGCGGGUUUCCUACAUCCGGGUACACAUUUUGUUGAAAAAACAUCCUCCAAUCAAGAAUCAUAUCAAGAAAAAAAUUAUCCUGAAUGGUCUUAUAUUAUACAAAAGUACAAUUUAAUGCCAGAAUUCACAUUUAACAAUUAUGUACAAAUUGACGAAAAUCUAACAGUCUGUAGUAGUUUGAAUGAUUCUGAAGAUGCGGGAUUAACAAACUAUGUAUGUAAUAAUGACAAAGACAAUAAUGUGACUUUAAAAAAAGUUUCGUUUAAAGAAGCAACAAAAGCAUUGGGAAUUUUACGUAAUUUUAUUGAAACAACAGAAGGAAUGAACAAUAUUCAUUUUGAAGCAUUAGGAACAUUAGAAGAUGCCAUGGAUAAAAUAAAACAUACAGAAACAUCAAGUAUUAUUUAAAAAAAAAAUUGUCAAAAGUGAUAUAUGUAAUGUAACUAUUACUCUAAUAUAGCAAUAUAGUAAUAUAUAAAUAAUAUUACGCAGAAUACAUUAUUGAUAGAUAUUCACACUGUAUACUAUUUUGCAUAGAAAUAUAUAAACUACUUUUUUUAUACUUUUUAUAAUGUAUUUUCCAAUUAUAUUAGCUACUUUAUUUAGGAUAUACGCAUUGAAUUUUGUUCUAUUAUAUUAGUAUGAGUAGUUUGGGACAUGAAAAUCAGUAAAAUAAAAAGUGUAAUAUUUUAUUUAAUGUAUACGAUUUAAAAAACUAGUGAAAUUAAUUUUCAGAUUCAAGAUAUUAAAAUAUGCUAUUAUUAUAUUAUAUUAUACCUAGUUAUAUUUACAUUAUUUUUAGAAGUGUAAAAAAUGUUAUUUAAUUAAACAUUUUUUUAGUUAUUCUAUAUAUGAAAAAAAAUGUAAUAUAGUUAGGUACGCGUAUACAUUUUUCCCCGGAAAAAUAUAACACUAAAUAUAAACUAAUAAACAUUUCUUACUUAAAGUAAGACGAAAAUGUAAUCUAAAUAAUAUAAGCAUAUAGAUAUAUUUUUAGAUUCUGAACGGGGUGAUUUAAAAAAAAAUAUAUUACAAUUUAAAUAUUGCAGGUAAUAUUAUAUUACUAAUAUAAUAUAGGUACCAUAGACGGCCUAGAGUCUAGACAGACAAAUAAUCUCCGUUCAGAAUCGUUUUUCGUACACAAUGAAUAAUGAUACCUAUAUAAUUGCAUUCAAAUUUAACACAUCCAUUAGACUAUUAGAGUGAUCUACUCUCCGCCCCUACUAUACAGCAGAGCGACUUUUUGAGUUUUUAUUUAGGUAUAAUAUUAAUAUUUAUAUAUGUUACAUUUAAUUUUAGUUAAAUAUAUUAUACAAUAAUAUAUAUACAUUGUUAUUUUUAAAUUGAGAUGUAAUAUACAGUGUACUCUCCAUUAUCCGUUGUCUUCCGCGGAAUCAUCUACAUACCCUAUAUGUAUACAAAAAAUGUAUAUAUCUUUAUAUUAUAUGUUAUAAUUAUCGGUUUAAUUGGGUUUUGAUAGCUAAUUACUCAAUAACGAAGUAAAAUACAAUGCGCUUGUUUAAUACAUAUUAAUACUUUUUAGUAAUUGUUGAUACGUUUAAUUCGUAAUUUUAAUUUUUCGGAUUAUCCACGGAAUUCGCUUAUCCGUGGAUGUCCUGCUACCCUAUUCCGCGGAUAAUCGAGAGUAGGUGCACUGUAAUAACAAUUAAUAAUUAUUUAUUGAUAUAAUAUAAUAUGCUACGUGUUUAAAUAUAUUAGUAUAUUAUUAUAAAUUUUUAUUUAAAAUAUAAUAAAAGUUUAAAUUUAUUUUUCUAA